UUCAACUGUUAAUGUGCUAAUGGCAUUUCCUGAAAAAAGAGAAGAAGAUAUUUUUACGACUUAUUGUUAUAUUUUAUUUUAGGAUUCAAAUGUUUCAGUAAAACAAUAAAGACUUAAAAAAUUUGAGGACAAAGGAAAUAUAUUUUGGAAAUAUGGCUUGCCUUCCAGGACAUAUAGCAUCUAUAUCCCAAGCCUAUGAUCACACCGUGUCGGCCAUUUCUCAGCCCAAAUCAGGUUAUCAAAGCAGCCGUGACCUACAGACGGCGGACCUGAUUCAGACUGGAGGGAUGGACCGACCCCCCUCCCCCGCACGUCUAGCCUACACCUCUGACAAACAUCCCAGACACACCCUGGAGGCCAUCAAUGUCCUGCGCAAACACAGAGAGCUUUGUGAUGUGGUCCUUAUUGUGGGAAGUAAAAAGAUCUUCGCUCAUCGCGUCAUCUUAUCUGCCUGUAGUCCGUACUUCCACGCUAUGUUUACUGGAGAGUUAGCCGAGAGCAGGCAGACAGAGGUGACCAUCAGAGACAUUGAUGAGACAGCGAUGGAGCUUCUGAUAGACUUCUGUUACACCUCUAACAUUACUGUAGAGGAGGGCAAUGUUCAGACCCUACUCCCUGCAGCCUGUCUGUUACAGCUGGCAGAAAUACAGGACGUGUGUUGUGAGUUCCUGAAGAGACAAUUGGAUCCCUCUAACUGCCUGGGCAUCAGGGCUUUUGCUGACACUCAUGCCUGCAGAGAUCUGCUAAGGAUAGCUGAUAAAUUUACCCAGCAUAAUUUCCAGGAGGUGAUGGAGAGUGAAGAGUUUCUGUUACUGCCUGUCAAUCAACUCGUUGACAUCAUCUCUAGUGAUGAACUCAAUGUACGCAGUGAGGAACAGGUCUACAAUGCCGUCGUUAACUGGGUCAAGUUCAACAUUGCCGAGAGAAGAUCACAUCUGCCUGUGGUUGUUCAACAUGUUCGUCUUCCACUGAUGAGCCCCAAAUUUCUGGUGGGGACAGUGGGCUCUGAGCUUCUUAUAAAGAGUGAUGACACGUGUCGAGAUCUGGUGGAUGAGGCCAAGAACUACCUACUGCUGCCCCAGGAGCGGCCCCUAAUGCAGGGCCCCAGGACCCGCCCACGUAAACCAAUCAGAUGUGGAGAAGUCCUGUUUGCAGUUGGAGGAUGGUGUAGUGGUGACGCCAUUUCUAGCGUGGAACGGUUUGAUCCACAAACCAGUGAGUGGCGAAUGGUAGCACCUAUGUCCAAGCGGCGUUGUGGAGUGGGUGUGGCUGUCCUCAAUGACCUUUUGUAUGCUGUUGGGGGUCAUGAUGGUCAAUCUUAUCUUAACAGCAUUGAAAGAUUUGACCCACAGACAAACCAGUGGAGUGGAGAUGUUGCCCCGACCAGCUCAUGUCGGACCAGUGUAGGGGUCGCUGUCUUAGAUAACUACAUGUACGCUGUGGGGGGCCAAGAUGGAGUCUCCUGUCUAAACUUUGUAGAGAGGUAUGACCCACAGCUGAAUAAAUGGACCAAGGUGGCGUCUAUGAGUACCAGGAGGCUGGGGGUUGGGGUUGCUGUCCUGGGGGGUUAUUUGUAUGCUGUAGGGGGAUCUGAUGGGACUUCACCCCUAAACACAGUGGAAAGAUAUGACCCCCGAAGCAAUCGAUGGACGCCGGUUUCGCCCAUGGGAACUCGGCGUAAACACCUAGGAGUGGCAGUGUACAACAACAUGAUCUACGCAGUCGGAGGAAGAGACGACACCACGGAACUCAGCAGUGCGGAACGCUACAACCCCCAGACCAACACCUGGCAAGCUGUGGUCGCCAUGACAUCACGCAGGAGUGGGGUUGGUUUAGCUGUAGUGAAUGGACAACUUAUGGCCAUUGGAGGAUUUGACGGAACAACUUACUUAAAGACAAUUGAAGUGUAUGAUUCUGAUGCAAACUGCUGGAAGUUGUGUGGGGGGAUGAAUUAUCGCAGACUUGGAGGGGGAGUGGGGGUGGUGCGCAUGCCCCAGCAUGAAUCUCAUCUGUGGUAGUCACAAUGCUUACAGACACGAUUGUAGAAAUGGCAUUUCUUACAGAAUUAGCUGCAAUACAAGAAAGGGCUGUUACAGCUUUCUUGUGUCCCUGUAUAAUGAGAAUUGGAAAUGUAUGUGGGGAAGACUGCAGGGGUUGUCCUUCCAUGUUUACCAGGAAUUCUGGUAUAUAUCAUCCAUCUUACAAUUUAUUAUGUGUAUUAUUUGCCAUAUAAUGUCAUUUUUAAAUAUGAUGUUUAAAUGAAAUGCCAGGUAAAAACUUGUGAUAAGAAGAAUUUCCUUUGACUUGUGAUGGAAUUUUUAUAUUUCAAUAUCAAAGCAUGGUUCUUUCUCCCUUGACAAAGCUUCGAGAUAAAAACUUCAACUGGUGAAUUGAAAAUUGAAUUCCCUCAUAGAUUGUGUGAGAUCUUGUUGCUAUAUUUGUACAUAUGGACAAUAUUUAUCUUCUAUUUAACUUAGUGCUUUCACUGUUGCACCCCAAAGGAUGCAUACUUAUGUCAUAUGAUGGCUGCCAGUGGUCCUUUCCACUACCCCUAGAAUCACUGGAUUUCUUUGCCCAAACUUUUCGACAUUUUUUCAACAAGCAAGGAAAUCAGAGUUAAUGUUCUUAUAGCAUGAACAUAAAACAUCUAAUAUCAGUGACAAAAGGUGCUUAAAUAAAUCAUUAAGAAUUAUUAAAUCUAUUGUAUAUGUAUUUGUGUGAAUGUGUGCCUGCAUGAUGUUUUAAGAAUGUGCAAAUGACACCCGAGAUAUAAUAAUGAAAGCAAAGCAAAUGUUGGUUGUUUUAUUUUUUUAUUGGUAUUGACGAUGAUGUCGAUUAUGUUUACACUGCACAAACAUAUGCAACAUUGCAAUUUGUAGCUUUCAUCAUCAUCAGUUAUUUGUAUGUACCAAAUAUGGUUUUUUUUUGUGUGCAGACUUUUUUUUAAAAAUCUUCUGUCUUGUCACAUGGGUGUAAACUCCCAUUUACAGAGCAGAUAGAGAUAUUGAUGAAUAAAAAGACAUCUCAAAAACAA